AUGUUGGUCCACCUCUGCCUUCUGUGUGGUCUGAGUGCUGUCGUGACCUCCCAGGAUGUCACACAACAAGCAGAAAUGUUUCUGAAUGAGUUUAACAGUAGGGUAGAAAACAUCAGCUAUGAGACCUCCCUUGCCUCAUGGAACUACAACACCAACAUCACCGAGGAGACUGCCAAUAAAAUGAAUGAGGCAGAUGCCAAGUGGUCCGCGUUUUACAGCGAGGCCUCUAUGAAUGCGAGCAAAUUCCCAUUAACCAGCAUCCAGGAUGCUCUCAUCAGGCUCCAGAUCCAGACUCUUCAGGACAGAGGAUCGUCCGUGCUGUCACCAGAAAAAUAUAGCAGACUGAGCACUGUGCUAAAUACAAUGAGUACCAUCUACAGCACCGGGACUGUCUGUAAAACCACUGAACCGUCUGAGUGUUUGGUGCUGGAGCCAGGUCUGGACAUUAUUAUGGCUAACAGCAUUGAUUAUGAUGAGAGACUGUGGGCCUGGGAAGGCUGGAGAGCUGAAGUUGGCAGGAUGAUGAGACCAUUAUACGAAGAGUAUGUUGAACUUAAAAAUGAGGUUGCAAAGCUUAAUAAUUAUUCUGACUACGGAGAUUACUGGAGAGCAAAUUAUGAAGCAGACUAUCCAGAAGAAUACAAAUACAGCCGUGACCAGCUAAUCGAAGAUGUGGAGAAGACAUUUGAGCAGAUAAAACCUUUGUACCAGCAGCUGCAUGCCUACGUGAGGCACCGGCUAGAGCAAGUCUACGGCCCUGAGCUCAUCAGCUCCACAGGAUGCCUCCCUGCUCAUUUGCUGGGCGAUAUGUGGGGUAGAUUUUGGACAAAUCUGUAUGGUUUGGCUGUUCCCUAUCCAGCCAAACCAAACAUUGAUGUAACUUCUGCAAUGGUUCAAAAGAAAUGGGAUGCAAUAAGAAUUUUCAAAGCUGCUGAGGCCUUCUUCACCUCCAUUGGCCUUCCUGAAAUGACCAAGGACUUCUGGGAAAAAUCCAUGCUCACAGAGCCAACUGACAACAGAAAAGUUGUUUGCCAUCCUACAGCAUGGGAUCUGGGGAAUAAAGACUACAGGAUCAAGAUGUGCACCAAAGUGACCAUGGACGACUUCCUGACUGCGCAUCAUGAGAUGGGCCAUAUCGAGUAUGACAUGGCGUACUCUGAGAAAGCCUACCUGCUAAGAGGUGGCGCCAACGAGGGCUUCCACGAAGCAGUAGGUGAAAUUAUGUCACUUUCUGCAGCCACUCCUCAGCACCUGAAAUCUCUGGACCUUCUAGAGCCAACUUUCCAAGAGGAUGAAGAAACUGAAAUCAACUUUCUGCUCAAACAAGCAUUAACGAUUGUUGGAACUAUGCCGUUUACUUACAUGCUGGAGAAGUGGAGGUGGAUGGUGUUUCGGGGUGAGAUUACAAAACAGGAGUGGACCAAGCGGUGGUGGGAGAUGAAGAGAGAAAUAGUUGGUGUUGUUGAACCUGUUCCUCAUGAUGAAACUUAUUGCGACCCUGCGGUGUUGUUUCAUGUGGCCAAUGAUUAUUCAUUCAUAAGAUAUUACACCCGGACCAUCUUUCAGUUCCAGUUUCAGGAGGCACUUUGCAAGGCAGCUAACCAUACUGGCCCUCUUCACACAUGUGACAUUACCAACUCCACAGCAGCUGGUCAGAAUUUGAGACAAUUGCUUGAAUUAGGCAGAUCCAAGCCCUGGACUCAAGCACUGGAAAGCGUAACAGGAGAGAAAUACAUGAACGCAGCACCCUUGCUCCACUACUUUGAACCUCUAUAUAAAUGGCUGCAAAAAAACAAUUCUGGCAGAUACAUUGGUUGGAAAACAGACUGGGCUCCAUAUUUUAACGACGCCAUCAAGGUGCGCAUCAGCCUGAAAUCGGCACUGGGCAACCAGGCGUAUGAAUGGGAUGAAAACGAGCUCUUCUUGUUCAAGUCAUCCAUCGCCUAUGCCAUGAGAAAAUACUUUGCAGAGGAGAAGAAACAGGAAGUUAACUUCCAGAUUGAAGACAUUCUUGUGACAGAACAGACACAAAGAAUCUCCUUCUACCUUACUGUCAGCAUGCCAGGUAGUAUCAGUGAUAUUGUGCCCAAAGCUGAUGUGGAAAAUGCCAUCAGGAUGGCUCGAGGCCGAAUCAAUGAGGCUUUCAGACUGGAUGAUAACACACUGGAGUUUGUGGGCAUACUUCCAACCCUGGCCACACCUUAUGAACCGCCAGUCACCAUCUGGUUAAUAAUAUUUGGAGUGGUCAUUAGUUUGGUUGUCAUUGGAGUUAUUGUCUUGAUCAUCACUGGGCAGAGAGAUCGCAAAAAGAGAGCAAGAGACAGUAGGAGUGAAGCAGGAUCAAACUGUGAAGAGGUGAACCCUUAUGGUGAAGAGGGAAAAAGCAACAUGGGUUUUGAGUCAUCUGAAGAGACACAAACAUCGUUCUAG